AUGGCUGAAGGAGUAUCGACUCUCACAUUCCCAAUGUCGAGAGAAUCGGAGUCCGCUUCUCGACUGAAAUCUAUAAUCACCGAUAUGCUUCCUCUCUUCUCCGACGAUUACUACGGCGACGUCCUCUCUGAGUACAUUACUGUGCUUGUUUGUAACGGAAAGAGUCAGAAGCAGGCAAGAGAAGAUUUGGAUGCAUUUCUUGGGAAGCAAUCUUGUGAAUUUGUUGCCUGCUUAUGGGAGCUUCUUCUUAAGGACUUCUCUCUAGAUAAACGAGAAACCUCUGCUCCUGAACCUAAGACUGUUGUUGACUGUGGUUCUUAUGAUACUCCAGUCGAACAAAGUUUGAUUUCCAGAAGGCAUAAUGAUCAAAAAGCUACCAAGGCUACUUAUUGCAUGAACGAAAAGCUGAUAUCAGCUACUGCUCCCAUAGAAGAUAUUGAGGCUCAUGUAUCACCAAAAGUUAGAAACAUGAAGAUGCUACGACGAGAGCUCAUGAAUAGCCCUUGUAAAAGGGCACCAUCAAAAAGGAAAGUUGAUUGGAACUCGUCUGGUUUGAAUUACUCUAGAAAAGUACUGCGCUCCAUUGUCGUUUCAGCCAACAAGCAACCAUGUGGUACUAAUUCUGAUAAAUAUGAAAAGUGUAUGGAUGAAAGGAGUGGAAUCUUACAUAACCGUCCAUACUUAUCAGAAAGAGAAACGAGGAAACGUAAUUCUCAAUCUGUCCCUUCAGGAGGAGCUGUGUCUGCAAGAUCCCACGAUGCAGCUUCGCACCAGGAAAUGAAGCCUCAUGUUAGUGUUUGGGAUCGUUUGGCCCGACCAUGGUCCAGUCGUCUUCUUGACAGAAAAUGCCAUAGGGUGCCUAAGUUUGGUAGUGAGGCAGAUGAAAAGAAAGUGCUUCAGCAGCAUGGACCAGCAUUUCCUGCAGCAUAUAUUGAAAGAGAAGUUCCUGCAGUUGGUUACAUACACAGAUCCAAAUCCCAUAAAGCUAGGCAAGCCAAGAGUGGGACUAUUACAUCCACUGAACCUCGGAUGGCGUGUAACCUCAGUAGAAAGAGACGUUAUGGAAACCCCAAUUCAGGAGAUUCUCCUGUUUGUGAGUUUAGCAGUGUUCUCCAGUCUAAGCAAGCUAAACAGGAUGUUGAAAACCCAAGCCUGCUCUCCAAUCAGUCCGCAAAGCCAGAUCUUUUUUCGGAAAUACGGAAUGUUAAACAAAAGCUGCAACAACUAGAAAUCCAAAUUUUUCAAGCAAAGCAGCUGAAGCAACAGAAAAUUGGAGAACUCAAAUGCUCAUCACAAUCUGGAAAAUUGCAGCAGCAACAAGAUAUCGCGGAAUCAAGAAUCAUACAUGUUACUAACGUACACUAUGCAGCAAGUAAAGAAGCUAUAUCAAUGUUAUUCAGCAAGUGUGGAGCUGUCAAAAACGUUACAAUUGUAACUAAUCCAGUAACUCGGCAACCAAAGGGUUCUGCUUUUGUGACCUUCGCUACAAAUGAGGCAGUUAACAAAGCAAUAGCUCUGAACAACACAAUGUUCUAUUCAAGUCCAAUCAAGGUUCAGAGACACGUGAUAUCAUCUGGAAUAAUGUCCGAGACACCAGCAACACAAGUAGUUACUUGA